CUUGGGUGUAUCCUGCACGACGAUGUCAAAACUGUCGUUCACCGUCCGCAAACCCACAGCGGUCGACGAAGACAAGGCCAGCGACAAAUUCAAACUCCCAGCGCUCCCUCGUCACCUCUCCAGUGCCGCCAGCUCUGCCUCUGGCACCCCACUCACAGGUUCUCCUCGCACUUUCAGCUCUCGUGAAGAUUCAGACGAUGACGAGGAGAGCGGGAUCGUAUUUGUUGAUGGUAUACGCCCGGACGAGCCAGACUCUAGUGACGAUGAAGACGAGCGUCUCGAGGAUGAGCUCAUCACUUCUUUUAACAAGUUUGGUGCACAGCGCGUAAAUGAGAAAAAGCCCAAGCCGAAAGCCCCCACGGGCCCCCUCAUUAUUCCUUCCAAGUCAAACCCUGACUGGCGCGAGGCAGCACGCAAGCGUCGUGCAGGUGCCACACGGUUCAUCCCUGAAUCUGCAAAAGCGAGCACAGGCGCAGAUGGGAGCGUUGGAGGGCUCGGAACGCGCGACACCAUCAACUCUGGCCCUGAACUCUCAGGUAUCCAGCUCGCCAACAAGAAAGUCAGAGUCGGAACUAGCACCACGUCCACUGACGAAGAGACUACUAUGACGGUGGAUGCAGAAGAUGUACAAAUUGAAAUCGUCGAAGAGACGGAAGACCAAAAAGCCCUUCGUGCGCUGCUGGCUGGGGAUAUGGACUCGGCACCCCAGAUCGAUACUAUUCCCGUACCUCCAAGUGAAACUGAUGCUCUCCAACAAGACGUUGCUGCACUUCCCGACGUCGCUACUGCUGAAGACUACGCGCGUGUACCCAUCACUGCUUUUGGAGCCGCUAUGCUCCGCGGCAUGGGCUGGGUGGACGGUGGGGUUGUCACGAGCUCAGAACGAGCCAAAAAGAAUGCGCUGGUGGAACCUUACCUCCCGAAAUCACGUCCUGCACUCUUGGGUAUCGGAGCAAAGGAGCAGGAGGUACUAGAUGAUGGUAGUAAGAAGAAGAAACGGAGAGGGGAUGAGAAGCGGUAUAUUCCUCUUGUGAAAAAGGAGAGCAGUAGGGAGGAAAGCAGGAGUGGAAGUGCGGUUGUUUCAAGGAGGGCUUCGAGGUCACCGGAAAGAAGGAGCGGAGGGGAGAGAAGUAAGAGAGACGAUGAUCGCGAGAGGAGGAGGGAUGAUGACCGUGAUAGAAGGAGGGACGAUGACCGUGACAGGUCUACGAGAGAGAAUGAUCGCGAUAGGCGACGAGGGCGUGAUGGCGACGAUCGACGAGACAGAGACAGAGAUGACAGAAGAAGAAGAGACGAUAGUAAACGGGACCGAGAGCGCGACGUCGAUAAACGACGUGAGAGGGUCCGUGACUACGACGAUCGCGAUCGGCGCAGAGACAGGGAUAGAGAUGGGGAGAGUAGACGGGGAGGUAAGGACAGGCGAGAUUAACUUUCUAGAUAGUGACUUCGCUACAUCUAUGUAUUGUAUUAUAGCGCUGCAUCAUACCUCGUGCGCCCACAUGCUCUCACAGACUGAUGUCCCGUUAGCCACUUGACUGGCCAUCAUGAGCCUAGCCUUAGGGUUCGUGAAG